UUUUUGUUGUUUUUCCUAUAUCUUCACUGAAUUGGUCUGUCUGAUUUGUGCUGUGAGAAAUUGACAAUUGGCUGUGGUUUCUGCUUGUAAUAUAUUUCUGCUCAUUCAUAUUCUUAUCAUAUCUGCCCUAUAAUAAUGUUGUCUGCUCGCUCAAUCUUGUCAAGAAGUGCUAACCGUACUUGUUUGGCUUCCUCCUCAAUUCGUGGUUUGGCGACUGCUUCUUCCACUUUAUCUCCAGAUGCUAAAGUUCACAUGAACUUGUUGGAAUCUCACUCUUUCAUAAAUUAUAAGAAAAACUUGGAAAAUGUUAAAAUUGUCCAAGAAAGAUUAAAAAGACCUUUAACCUAUGCUGAAAAAUUACUUUAUGGUCAUUUAGAUAACCCACAUGAACAAGAAAUCGAAAGAGGGGUCUCUUAUUUGCAAUUAAGACCAGACAGAGUUGCUUGUCAAGAUGCUACUGCUCAAAUGGCCAUCUUGCAAUUCAUGUCUGCUGGUAUGGACCAAGUCCAGACUCCAUCAACUGUCCACUGUGAUCAUUUGAUUCAAGCUCAAGUCGGCGGUCCAAAGGAUUUAGCUAGAGCUAUUGACUUGAACAAAGAAGUUUACGAUUUCUUAGCCACUGCCUGUGCCAAAUAUAAUCUUGGUUUCUGGAAACCAGGUUCUGGUAUCAUCCAUCAAAUUGUCUUGGAAAAUUAUGCUUUCCCAGGUGCCUUGAUGAUCGGUACUGAUUCUCAUACUCCAAAUGCCGGUGGUUUAGGUCAAUUAGCUAUUGGUGUUGGUGGUGCUGAUGCUGUUGAUGUCAUGGCUGGUUUGCCAUGGGAAUUAAAAGCCCCAAAGAUUCUCGGUGUCAAGUUAACUGGUAAAAUGAACGGUUGGGCUUCUCCAAAGGAUAUUAUUCUUAAAGUUGCUGGUAUCACUACCGUCAAGGGUGGUACUGGUAAAAUUGUCGAGUAUUUCGGUGAUGGUGUCUCCACUUUCUCUUGUACUGGUAUGGCUACCAUCUGUAAUAUGGGUGCCGAAAUUGGUGCUACCACCUCCACUUUCCCUUAUAACUCUUCCAUGUCUGCUUACUUGAAUGCAACUGGUAGAGGUGAAAUUGCCAAGUUUGCUGAUGUUUACUCUGACUCCUUCUUAAAGGCUGACGAAGGUGCUGAAUACGAUGAACUCAUUGAAAUCGACUUGAACACUUUAGAACCACACGUUAAUGGUCCUUUUACUCCAGAUUUAGCUACUCCAAUUUCAAAAAUGAAAGACGUCGCUGUUGCAAACGGAUGGCCAACUGAAGUUAAAGUAGGGUUAAUCGGUUCUUGUACCAACUCUUCUUAUGAAGAUAUGACCAGAUCUGCCAACAUCAUUAAAGAUGCUGCUGCUCAUGGCUUGACCUCAAAAUCUUUAUUCAACGUCUCUCCAGGUUCUGAACAAAUUAGAGCCACCAUUGCAAGAGAUGGUCAAUUGAAAACUUUCCAAGAUUUCGGUGGUGUCGUUAUGGCUAAUGCCUGUGGUCCAUGUAUCGGUCAAUGGGAUCGUCAAGACAUCAAAAAAGGUGACAAAAACACCAUCGUCUCAUCCUUCAACAGAAACUUCACUGCUAGAAAUGAUGGUAACCCAGCUACUUACGCCUUUGUUGCUUCCCCAGAAAUGGUCACUGCUUUUGCUAUCGCCGGUGACUUGAGAUUCAAUCCAGUUACUGAUAAAUUAAAGGACAAGGAUGGUAAUGAAUUCUUAUUAGAAGAACCACAUGGUGAAGGUUUACCAGCUUUAGGUUACGACCCUGGUGAAAACACUUACCAAGCUCCUCCAAAAGACAGAUCUACUGUUUCAGUUCAAGUCUCCCCAACAUCUGACCGUUUACAAUUAUUAACCCCAUUCAAACCAUGGGAUGGUAAAGAUGCCGAACGUUUACCAAUCUUAAUCAAAGCCGUUGGUAAAACCACCACUGAUCAUAUUUCCAUGGCCGGUCCUUGGUUGAAAUACAGAGGUCAUUUGCAAAACAUUUCAAACAACUAUAUGAUUGGUGCUACCAAUGCUGAAAACGGUGAAGCCAAUAAAGUUAAGAAUCACUACACUGGUAANUACGAUGGUGUUCCAGAAACUGCUCUUGCCUACCGUGGCCAAGGUAUCAAAUGGGUCGUUAUCGGUGAUGAAAAUAUGGGUGAAGGUUCUUCCAGAGAACAUGCUGCUUUAGAACCAAGAUACUUGGGUGGUUUCGCUGUUAUCACCAAAUCCUUUGCUCGUAUCCACGAAACUAACUUGAAAAAACAAGGUUUGUUACCAUUAAACUUUGUCGACAAAGCUGACUACGACAAGAUUAACCCAGAUGAUGAAGUUGACAUUCUCGGUUUAACCACCUUUGCUCCAGGCAAAAACUUAACUUUAAGAGUUCAUCCAAAAGAUGGCAAAGCUUGGGAAUGUGAAUUAUCUCACACUUUCAACGCUCAACAAAUUGAAUGGUUCAAAGCCGGUUCUGCUUUAAACAGAAUGGCUGCUGCUCACAAAUAGAAAACCUUAAUGAACUGACAUGAAUAUUUACUUUUCUUAUUUUUUAAACCAAUCAAAAAAGAUUUAUGUUAAAUAUAUAUUUUAUUUUGCUGCACUUUUUUCUUUUAAUUCCCACUACUUUUUUAUUUAGUUUAAUUAAUAUUCUAUGAUAUUUAAUUCCUAAC